AUGCUUGGUCGUAAAAGGACCAUCUUCAUCGGAUCAUGCAUCAUGAUUGUUGGUGCUGCGAUACAGGCUGCCUCGUUUAGUCUCGGCCAGCUCAUUGCCGCCCGCUUGAUUACCGGUUUCGGAAACGGCAUGAAUACAUCCACGGUGCCUACAUGGCAGUCAGAAACAUCCAAGGCACACCGAAGAGGUCAAAUGGUAAUGAUCGAAGGGUCUCUCAUCGUCUUUGGCGUGAUGCUCUCGUACUGGAUCGAUCUCGGUUUCUCCUUUCUUGAGCCAUCCACCAUCUCGUGGCGCUUCCCGAUUGCCUUCCAAAUCGUCUUGGCAAUUUUCAUUGUCGUGCUCAUUCCGGGUCUGCCCGAGUCCCCACGAUGGUUGAUUCUCAAGGGUCGCGACGAGGAAGCCGUCAGAGUCCUCUGCGCCUUGUCUGAACUGCCGCCCGAGGAUCCCAAUAUCCAGGCAGAUUACAAGGCCAUGAAGGAUGUUGUUUUCGAGAUGGAGAAGGGUUCCUUUUCUGAUUGCUUCAAACGCAAUAAGAGCAGAAAUCUUCACCGAACAAUCCUGGCUUAUGUCAACCAAAUGUUCCAGCAAAUAUCCGGUAUCAACAUCAUCACUUAUUAUGCAGCCACCAUCUUUGAGAAUAAUAUUGGUCUCAGCGGUUUCCUCAGCCGGCUCUUGGCUGCACUGAACGGAACAGAGUAUUUCAUCGCUUCAUGGGUAGCUAUCUUUACCAUUGAGAAAUUCGGUCGACGAGGCCUGAUGCUUUUCGGUGCAGCUGGGCAAGCCAUGUCCAUGGCAGUACUCGCCGGCACGACUUCCCAUGUUUCUACCGCUUCAGGUAUUGCUGCCGCGGUAUUCUUGUUUGUGUUUAAUUCCUUCUUUGCCAUUGGCUGGUUAGGCAUGACAUGGCUGUAUCCAGCAGAGAUUACACCUCUUCAGAUCAGAGCUCCAGCAAAUGCCAUCUCGACCACGGCAAACUGGAUCUUCAACUUCAUGGUUGUCAUGGUUACCCCCGUCGCUUUUGCCAAUAUUCAGUGGAAGACUUACGUCGUAUUUGCGUGCAUCAAUGCGGCGAUUGUGCCUUGCGUAUACUUCUUCUAUCCGGAAACCGCGGGACGCUCACUGGAGGAGAUGGACGAGAUCUUCCACGACGUCAGCGGUGCCAAGGGCGCUUUCGACGUUGUGCACGUGGCCAGGACCAAGCCGAGGCGCUACGGCAAGAAGGGUGAGCUCCUCAUCAACUAUGAUGAUACGCCCGAGGCGCAGCACGCCGCACGACGUCGAUCCAGCGCCGUCGGUGCCCCGGACGCGGAGAAGGCGCACGCCGAGCACGUCGGUCAUGGCAGCAACGGUGGAACCAACGAUUCAGCCGUUUAG